AUGGUCCUAGGCAUCUUGUUCGCCUACGUGGUGGUGCCAGAUGUCCGGCCAGCGGGUUCCAAGCGCGAAGGAGGCAGCGAUGGUGACUUCUUAUCCUCUGCGCAGGAGUCGCAUCCCACAUGGCUCAUGUCGAUCCACCACCGUUGGCGCAAGAUUGUGGACGAGUUCAGGAAGGAUUCCUCUUGGAUCCGAGAUGUGAACGUUCUGCUGAUCAUGGCCUCCUUUUUCGUCUGUCAACUCGGGAGAAUGAUUUCUGGUAUUACCCUGCAGUAUGCUGCUGCCAAGUUUCACUGGAAAUUUGACAAGGUCAGAUUACGUCGAUCAGGGAAUAAAGUAGUCAACAAUGCUGACCAUCUGAUUCAAGGCAUCCUUACUAGUUUCUCUGCGGGCCGGAGUCAAUCUAUUCGUUCUAGCGGCCAUCAUUCCCGCCCUUUCGUACAUCCUGGUGAAACGCUUCAAGCUCAACGACGUGGUGAAAGACAAACGAAUCACCCAGAUCAACGGCGUCUGCCUCAUCAUCGGAUCUUUUGUGAUGUUCCUCGCUGCUUCACCCGGCACUCUGGUCUUCGGGCAGACGGUCUUCGCCCUGGGAUUUGCGUUUUCCGUCACGGCCAGGAGUUUCCUCACGGGCAUGGUGGACCCAAUGCACAUUGGAACUGUCUUCACCGGAGUCACGACGAUGUUGUACGGAGGUCUGGUGAUUGGUAG